AGGUGGACAUGAGCAAGGUGAAUGUGGACACCAUAAAACCCUGGAUAGCACAAAGAGUCACAGCCCUGCUGGGAUUAGAAGAUGAUGUUAUUGUUGAAUUUGUAUAUAAUCAGUUGGAAGAGAGAAAUGUGCUCAGUCCCUGCAAUGCCACUAAGUUGCACCUUUAUGAUGGUUUAGGAAUUGGAUUAUUACAAAGGACCUGAAUUCUUUGCUAACGGUAACAGUCACUAUCUUCUAUUGUAAAAAGUUAGAAAAAGCCAACAGUUGAGAACAUAUAAAUUUUUACAGUAAUUGUAACAUGUAGAGAGCUGUGACUUAUUCUCGACUGUUUCCUCCCCCUCAAUUAGAGAAGAUCAAAUAAAAUUCGCCUCGCACCCCUGAAUCUGAAUUCAAGCCAGAGCUGGUCAUGACACAAUGCAGGGUUGAUAGUCUAAUAGCUAAAAUCUGGAGGCAGCGAGGCAGUACAUCAUGAGCCCUGACAAUGCGGGUGUGUAUCCUCUUACAAGCUAAGUGAAGUUUUCUUUUUAACUAUUUCUUGGCUAUAAAAGACCUGUGAUAUGAUUGGGUGAAUUAUCUGGCUGUUCUGCCCACGUUGUGACUUGUGUUGUACUGUAGUGUAAAGCAUGACUCGACGUUCUACUGUUACCUUAUAAGAAGCCUAAUUCACCAAGAAACCCACAGGCAGCUUCCUAUCAUUGGUAGUGUUUGGUCUGCAAUACAAUUCCAUUUCAUUGUUCUUGCAAAACACCAAUAUUUAAUUUUGAACAGCGGACUUUAAAGCGAGUUUAAAGAGAAUUUGAUGGUGAAACAGUCAAGCUUUUAGUCAGGGAUUUUGAGGAUGCGUGACAUUUCAACCUGUUAUCAGCGAUAAAACAGCCAUAAGGUUAUCUCAAGGAAGUAAGUAUGGGACAGUUGAUUAUAAUACUCUUUACUACACAGUAAGUAUUCUCUUUGGGUCCAUUGCAGUUACAGGGCUGAUGACUGCUGUUAUACAGCUACGAGCGUUAAUAGAAAUGCAUUUGAAGUGAAUUUAAUCUUUUUGUUGAAUGCGUGUUAUGUUUAAACAUUUCUCUUGUGUGUUAUUCUGUUUCUGAUACACACUAAUAUGUUUCUGAUACGCAUUUUUUCUUCGGAUCCCCUGUGAAACUUUAUUUCUUCCCUGUAUGUUACUGCAGUUCCCUGACCCCAAAGAGAUGCAGAUAAACCUAACAGGUUUCCUCAACCCUAAGAAUGCCCGUAUUUUCCUGGGAGAGUUAUGGGACUUGCUACUUAGUGCUCAGGAGAACAUUGGAGGAAUUCCUGCUCAGUUCCUUGAGCAGAAGAAAGAGGAGAUCAAAAAGAGACAGGCAGAACAUGAACGGAUACAGGCCAGCUUAAGGAAAAAAGAAGAAGAAAUCAAGGAAACCCUGAUGAAGGAACGUAAAGAAAGUGACAAAAAAGACAAAGUUAAAUCCGAGAAAGAUGGAAGUGUAUCCCCCAGUAAACAAGAAAAUGGGAAGGACAAGGAUGUGGAACCAGGCCAGCAUUCACCACAGCCUGCGUCAAGGCGAUCUAGAUCACAGAGCCGCUCCACAUCUAAACCCAAAUCUGAUGCAGAGACUUCACCCAAACAUGGGGACUCAGCAACAAAUGAAAAGGCAGAAGAGGAUAAGGAAAAUAAAGUACAGGUUGAUGAGGCAGGAGAUAAGAAGGUAGAGAAGAAAGAAGAUGAUUCAAAAAGGAGUAGACAGAAACGUUCUCGCUCACGCAGCCCUCGCAAAAGUCGACAUCGCAAAUCUCGGUCCAGAUCCAGGAGUCCUCGUAGGAAGCGUUCAUCUCGUUCUCGCUCACGGCGUAGGUCAGGCUCAAGGUCACCUGGUCGGUACUCGUCCAGACGACGUUCUCCUGCUCGUAGGGGUCACUCCCCCAGGCGUCAUUCCCCGAGGAGAUACUCUCCACCCAGCAGAAGGUACUCCCCUAAGCGACGCUCAUCCCCGAGGCGAUCUCCACGCAGGAGUCCAUUACGCAGCAGAGGGCGCCGAGACCCGCCCCCUAAAUCUAGGAGGAGGUCCUCCAGCUCAAGCUCUAGUUCGUCACAGUCUGGGUCCAGAGAACGAGGCAAGGGUGUCGUCAAAACUGUCCCCAGGAAGAAGAAAGAAAGUUUCACAUCAGAUUCCUCUUCUUCCUCAUCUGAUGAGGACAAAAGAGGUCCAGGUAAUGAUAAAUCGCCGGAGAAGUCCGGUGUACAGCAGAGACGUCACUACAGGACACACGAGGACACUGUAGAGUCCUCCAGCUCAGACAGCGAAGACCAAAGUUCAAAGAACAAACGACGAGGGUCGCCACGGAGACGUCAGAGAGAUGAUCGGUACCCCUCGCCACGGAGAGGCAGAGCCUCACCUGGUGGCCGAGGACGAAGGCUUUCCUCCCCCCAGUCACCAACAAGACGUCGCCGAGGAUCACCUGGGAUGUCCCCAGGACGUCGAAGGCGCCGAUCGAUAUCUGGCUCACCACCACGAAGGCGACGACCUUCCCCUCCUUACAUACCAAGGUCAAGGUAUUCUCCAGUCAGAAGGCGGCCAUCCCCCGACCGGUAUCGUGAGACUGACCGCUUUUCUCCACCUCGUCGUAGAGUUUCCCCCAGCCCAAACUAUAGGAGUCCAGUACGAAGGAGAACCCCAUCCCCAUUUGUUCCCAGAGACAGACGAAAUGAUCGCCCUCCAGUCAGGAGAAACUCCAGCUCAGAGUCAGAGUCUCCACGUCGCAGACACUCCCCUCCUCCCACAAGAGCUUCACCAUCAGUAUCCCCACCCCCCCGGAGGAGGCGACCGUCACCCCCAUCCACACAGAGGCGGUCCUCUUCCCCUCGUAGGCCUCCACCAUCACGUAGACGAAGCAGUCCCUCUCCAGUACGCAAACGCCGCUCCUCGUCUCCCCCAGUCAGGCAGCAAAAGUCGUCCUCUGAGUCAGAGUCUGGAUCCCCACCCCGGGGAGCACGGGCUAAGUCCUCUUCAGGGUCACCACCCCGCCAGCAGAAGGACAUUCAACAGCGGAGAAGUCAGAGGUCCCCUGAGGUGGCUCCCAGAAAGAUCAAGCGUUCACCCUCCCCAAGGGGUGACUGGUCUCCCCCUGCUCAGCCGGUGAGGAAACAACAACACCGGUCAUCUUCAUCAUCGUCUGAGGGCGAGGACAGAGCCGCCAAGCGUCCCACUCAGUCCCGACGGCCGGUGUCCGUGGACUGGAAAAAGGAUCGCCCCUCUCCAUCACCCAGUCGGGAGUCUGCCGGGAGACGGGCAGGACGGCAUGGAAGCCCUCCGUCCACACGUCCCUUAACAAGAGACAGCUCUAGCCCACGCAGGCGAAAGCGACCCUCCCCUGAGGCAGAUAUGUCCCCUCCUACUAGGAGACGGCACUCUGAUGAGCGAGAGAGAAGUGGAUCUCCUGUCCCUGCUCGCUCUACAAAGGCCAGGCGAGAUCGAGCCUCCCCAGAGCUCAGCAGAGGCAAACGCCCCAACGGCCGCUCAAGUCUUUCCCCAGUCCAAGAUAAGGGCAGGAAGAAAUCCUACUCAUUGGUGAAUGAUGACGAUGAGCCACAGAAAGUUAGAUUGUCUCCUGAAGUGUCUCGUAAACGAAAGGAUAUUGUCCCAGACGUUGAACUGAGUGAUAGAGUGAAGAAAAGCAAACAUUCCAGAGAACGAUCUACUAGUGGUGAGGUUGAGGUGAAGUUGAUUGGUGGGCUCCGCUCAGAGGAGGACAUUGAUAAAUCCAAACGCUCACGGUCAGUGGACAGACAAAAAGCUGGGGAGGAAGUGAAGAAGAAGAAGAUGAAAACUGAACACAGUGAAUCUGGCAGCGGAUCAGAGGGAUCAGAGUCUGAUGCUGGGAAAAAGAAGAAGAAAAAGAAGAAGGAAAAAAAGCACAAAAAACACAAAAAGCACAAGAAACACAAGCACAAGAAAGAGCUGAAAGAGGAGGAGGGUGACGAAUCAGGGAUGGAGGGAGAGAAACUAGAUGAUUUAGAGAGGUCAUUAAGGCAGAAGGCUUUACAGUCCAUGCGAAAGGCCAAGGUGUCAGAUGAUUAAUGUGCCAUCUGGAUUUGAUCCUAAUCUUUAUCAAUGACACUGUUCUAACAUGGUGAACUUUGCCACAUUUCUUAUCCUGAAGAGUCAUCAUGUUUUCUAGGGCCGUUUUGAUGCAUGUUCUUGUACAGUUUUCAUUUAUUGGAAAAGUUUGGGCUAACCUCUUGCUCGAUGGUCAUAAUGCUUUUAAAUUUCUUUCUGGAAAUAUGCAUGCAAAAGUAGGCAACCUGUCUGACUGUCAAUUAGAUUGACUAAAUGACAGAGACAUUAUUGCCAUAGCCUGCUCUGUUUGCAGGACAAUGGAAGAAAUUAUUUUGUUAGCUUGACACUAUAUAUAUUCGUUCUAUACACAUUUUAUUCUAACUGAAUCACUGUAAAACGUCAACUGUUUAAGUAUAAAAUGUCACCAGAAUAUCAUCCACAAAACAAA